AUUCCAUAAGCUACUCGUCGAACUCCCCGUUAUAUAUACAAUACAUACAUUAACCUUUUCCCCUUCCUUCCGUACACAAUUAAUUUACACCCAAUCAGAACAAAUUUUCGCAGAAUCUUUUUUUUUUCUCCAAACAAUGGUGAUUGCCUCUUCAAAUUCCGUUUUUGGUGCAAAAAUAUCACCUCCUUUUGGAACAAGUUCAUCAAGUUUUGGAGGAUUUCAGGGCAAUGCGUCGACUUUUAGUUUCGGUAACCGAAUUAGAGGAAGUGCGGUGCAACCGUAUUCAGUAACAAAAGAAAUAGAUUCAGAUGGCAGAUAUGGUUUUGGCAAAAUUCAUUCAAUCUCCGCAAUGACGAUUUACGAGUGCAAAAGUCACGAAGAGUUGCGGCUCGAAGAUUACGAGUCGAAACAGGGAUCCAGUUUUCCAAUCCAGAAACCGGAAAAUACAGUUCGAAAUUCGAAUGUGUCACCUUUUGCACCUUUUAGUAAGAGCACCGGUUUUAGUUCAAGUAGUACAUUUAGCCCUUUUUCGUUCCAAUCCCCAUCGACCGGACUUUUUAGUACUAAGCCGACGCCUCUAUUAUGGUCGAAUCCGAGCACUUCAAGCUUUUGUUUUAGUUCAAAUAGUACAUUUAGCCCUUUUUCGUUCCAAUCCCCAUCGACCGGACAUUUUAGUACGAAGCCGACGCCUCUAUUAUGGUCGAAUCCGAGCACUUCAAGCUUUUCCGGAGGGCAAGGCACAAAAAUUAACGGGCUUAGUAGUGGAAACCAGCACAAUCAAGAAAGCGGAUUUGCAUCUCAUUAUUCUGCAACAAUGGAUGUUAGCGGUGAUUUUUUCGGGGCUAAUAAUAAAAUCGAGUCGAUUUCAGCGAUGCCGAUGUACACAGAUAAAAGUCACGAAGAGUUGAGGCUACAACAUUAUCAAUUACGUAACAAAGGUCCAAAUCCACAAGCCUUUGUUACUAGUAACAAUAAUAACAGUACAAUCUCCUCGGGAUUUUCAACGCUUUCCCCGCCUUUGAAUCCCCCGAAUAUCAGCCCGUUUUCUUCAUGUAUACCUCCACCUGCAGCCUCGCCAUUGAUAUUCUCUACCCCGUCAACUUCAUUAUCUUUUUGGCCCAAGAAUUCGUCACAGCCCGGUCAAACUACUGAAAAACCGGGACCCGGUUCUACUAAUAUUAGCCCGAUGAGUCAGCCAUUACCACAAGUCUCGCCGUCAAUAUUCUCUACCCCAGCAACAACAUCAGUAGGUAUUUGGCCGAAGGCACCACAAUUACCCGGACAAACUGAUGGAAAAACGGGACCCCAUUUUACGAAUAAUAGCCCGAUGAGUCAGCCAUCACAAGCUUCGAACUCCUCGACAGUGUUGGCGGAGGUUGCAAUUAAUCAGAAUAUAAAUGCACAACCACAGUAUGUUCCUUGUUCAAGCAGUACUGUGGGCAUCCAGUCGGUGAGUCCUCUUGGCAUACGAUAUGCGCCGAUACAACAUGGAACAACAUCUACCGUUCAAGUUUCACAGAAAACUCCUCCGCUAUCUAUCCGACACGUGUCGUCAAGGCACAGCAGGCUGCCUGAUCGAGGACAUAGUCGUGCUCGAAGCACUGAGCCUAAUAAGGUUCCAUUUUUCCGUAAUGAAGAAAAUAUUAGACCUCCUUUUCCGAUUGAUCCUUUCCUGCCACGAGAGAAUCCGAGAGCCUGUUUUAUCAACUCACACAGAAUAUUCCGAAGCACCACAAUAUCCGACGGCAGUCCAUCCAAAUCUCGUAUCGGAAAAGAUUGUGAAGACAAAGCUUGUCGUAGCGGUUCCUUCAAACUCAACGUUGACGAAGAAGAAGAAGAUGACGCAGAAGCAUAUGAAAAACUCGAGGCCGAUGUUUUAGCACUAAUGCCAAACCUACCAAACGGUGAUUACUACACGGAACCUUCUAUAAAGGAUCUGGCAGCAAAGGAAAUAUCCGAACCGGGAUUCUGCAGCCGAGUGAACGAUUUUGUAGUGGGGAGAAAAGGGUACGGAAGCAUCAAAUUUCUUGGAGAAACCGAUAUCCGAAUUCUCGAUAUUGAAUCUGUUAUCUGUUUCAAUAACCGAGAAGUGCUUGUUUAUCCGGACGCUAGUAAAAUGCCGCCAGCUGGCAAAAGCCUGAACAAGCCAGCAGAGAUUACUCUAAUGAAUGUGAAAUGCAUUAGUAAAAAGACGGGAAAGGAGUACGUUGACGGUGCUGAGGCUCGAAGUUACGAAGAGAUGCUUAGAAAGAAGACCUCGAAAUAUGGAGCUGAGUUUGUUUCGUUUGAUCCAGUUUUAGGGGAGUGGAAAUUUAGGGUUCAACACUUUUAGUUAGCCUUUUUUAUUUUUUUUUGAUUCAGUCUUAGGAAUUUUAGUUUGUGAAUUUCCACUUUUAGAGGCUUUAGUUAGCAAAGUGUUGCGAUGUUUAUAAAGAAAACCUUUUUUGUCUUUGACUAUAUAUACUAAUGUUGUACAUCCUCUUCAUUUUCUAGUAGUAAUUUUACUUGUUUGGUCUUAAA